AGGUUUGGUUGGUUGUUCAAUGGCGCAGAUACUUUGUUUGCUCAUUGAAACGGCUUAAUACAUGGCGCUUUCGAAGUCACCACCACAUUUAACUCUCAUUCACAAUCAAAACUCUCCAAUUGAUAAAGCUGAUUCUAUCUUAACAUUUUCCAUUGAUACAUUCAGAAGAAGAAGAAGACGAAGAGACGUUUUACUCUCAGUUUCAGGAACACUAAUCACUCAACUGUUCUUCUUCGAUAGCAACCGCUCUUCUUCUGCGAAUGCCGCUGAUUUUUUCAACUUCGGCGCUCCUGAACCUGAGCCUGAACGAACCGUCGAACUUGCUAAGGAAGGGUUAAGAAAAAAUGCAGAAAAUAUACAAAGAAUUAAAGAGGUGAUGAUAGAAAAAAAAUUGUGGAAGGAAGGAGGGAAAGAGCUAAGGAGAAGUGCAUCUAACAUGAAGCAAGACUUUUACUUAAUCAUCCAAGCAAAGCCUCCUAAGGAUAGACCUCUUUUUAGGUCUCUUUAUUCCUCUCUCUUCAAUUCUAUCACCAAGAUGGAUUAUGCAGCAAGAGAUGAAGAUGAAACUAAGGUAUUGGAGUACUAUAAGAUUAUUGUUGCGAUCCUCGAUGACAUCUUUCCUCGAAUUUAAUUUCGAACAUUAAUAUUAUUUUAGGAAAUCGAGUCCCAUUUGUUGUCAUGUUCUUUCUUGUCUUUCCAAAGGAAAACACUAGUUGAAAUACAAAGUGACAAGAUAAAAAGUUGGCAAAUGUUUUUUUUUGUAUUAUUUA